AUGGACUUGAAAUCAAAUCAUAGUUCUCCCGUUCUAACUGAUCCUGCACCCCUGAACAAAUCAAGAUUUGGCAUCCAUUCUUCAGUGCUGCCAUACUCGACCACUGUCGCAGCCUUUUCUCCUGCCCUCUUCCUGACAAUCCCAAGGAAGAAGCCUGGACUACUUGAUGAUGUUCGGUCCAGCUCUUGGUUGGAUGCCAUGAAAUCCUCAUCUCCUACUCAUAAGAAGAUAAUUAAAGAUCCCAGUACUGAGCCAGCAAAUGAUAAUGAAUUUUCUUAUCGCAGUUGGAUGCUUAAGUAUCCAUCAGCACUUACAUCGUUUGAGCAAAUAACAAACUAUGCAAAAGGCAAGAGAAUAGCAUUGUUUCUGGAUUAUGAUGGGACUCUGUCCCCAAUUGUAGACAACCCAGACCGUGCCUUCAUGUCUCAUGCUAUGCGUGCUGCUGUUAGAAAUGUGGCAAAAUAUUUCCCUACAGCAAUAAUUAGUGGGAGAAGCCGUGAUAAGGUCUAUGAGUUUGUUGGACUAGCAGAGCUCUAUUAUGCUGGUAGUCAUGGGAUGGACAUCAUGGGCCCUGUUCGGCCCUUUGCUAAGAGUCGUACAAACUGUAUUAGCUCUACUGACAAGCCGGGUAAGGAAGUUAAUUUGUUCCAGCCCGCUAGUGAAUUCUUGCCUAUGAUCGAUGAGGUUUUUAGAUCCCUUGUCGAGAUCACUAAGGAAAUUAAAGGGGCACAAGUUGAGAACAAUAAGUUUUGUGUCUCCGUACACUACCGCAAUGUGGAUGAAAAGAGUUGGACGACACUUGCACAAUCCGUCCACGAAUUCUUGAAGAACUAUCCACGUCUGCGAUUGACACACGGGAGGAAGGUUUUAGAGGUACGGCCUGUGCUGAAUUGGGAUAAGGGCAAAGCUGUUGAGUUUGUACUAGAAUCACUUGGUGAGUGA